AUCGAUCAGGGAUGGAAGAGUGCAGUAAGAACAUAUGUUGGGAGGACCUGCAACGAGAUGCCCUAGGCAUCAUCUUCUGCAAACUCUCCCUUCAGGAGAUCCUCAGUGUGGUUCCUGGGGUUUGCAAACCAUGGAGCGAGGUGGUCUCAGGGUCCUACUGCUGGCAGGACACCGACAUCCAGGAGUGGAGCCAACAGAGCACGACUGACCAGAUCACCAGCAUGGUUCAUAUGCUCCUCGCACGCAGCGCUGGCUCAUGCCGCCGCCUUAGCGUGUCCCGGCUUCCCAAUGACUCAUUGUUCGCCUUCAUCGCCGACCAUGCGAAAUCUCUCGAGACUUUGGAGAUUCCGAGGAGUGAGAUCAGCGACAGCAUAGUGGAAGAUGUUGCACAAAGGCUGUCCAAAGUUACAUUCCUAGAUGUAAGCAGAUGCACCAAGAUUGGUGCUCGUGCUCUGGAGGCAUUUGGCAAGAACUGCAAAUGCCUCGUCAGACUUCGGCGGGUCAUGCACCCCAUGGAUCUCGUUGGGAAGGUGUGCCACAAUGACGAGGCUCAUGCUAUUGCCUGCAAUAUGCCAAAGCUUUGCCACCUCGAUUUGGGAUACAUGUUCAUCACGACUAAGGCUGUCUUCGAGAUCGCCUUCAAGUGCCAUGACCUCAAGCUCCUAGAUAUGCGUUGCUGCUGGGACGUUGAUGAUAAUCUCUUGCGAGAGAAGUUUGCUGGGCUCAAAAUCCUGGGCCCAAGGGUGUACUGUAGAAGUUAAUCAUGUUGUACCUGUUGGACUGGGCUACUUCUUUCAUUGGAAUUUCCAUCCCUCCAAUUGAUAACUACUUCCGGUUUGAACAUAUCAG